CUUCCCAUUCCCCGCAUUCAUGUCGCUCUACGUCAUGUAUCCCUCACACCUUCACGUCAACCGGAGCUUUCUCAGCUCGAAAUGUUCCUCGCCAUGCUUGCCCCAGGUCGUCGGUAGUGCAGCUCACUGGUGUGAUUCGGUGCCCAGGAGGCGUGUGGGAAGGAGUGUAACCGCGCAAGAAAUGAGACAAGAGCUGCGGCGCCCGUGAUUCGGUAGCAAGGUACUAAUAGAUCAAGCCAUCCGGUUCUUCUCUCGUGACGAAUGCUGCUUUUCUCUCCCUUCUCUCUCUAAUUCAAUCAAUCAAAUCACACGUUCACGACGAUAGCUUCAAGCUUCCCUCGAUCGUAGCUCCAAAGUCACACGUCACUUAGCUCUACUACACCCCAAAAUCAAUCACCAUGUCCAAGAAGGCUCCCCUUUUCCUCGGUCUCACUGCUGCCGGCGGUGUUGGCUACUACCUCUACAGCGCUGGCGGAAACCCUACCGCCGCGGAGAAGAAGUUUGAAAGUGACGUUCACAAGGCCUCCGCCGAGGUCAAGUCUCACCUCCCCGGACGAACUCCCGACGCCCAGAACAAGGGCGCGCAAGUUGGUGCCAAGUUCGACGAUGCCGUCGCUGAGGCCGACAAGAAGUUCUCUGCCACCAAGAGCAACGUCGAGGCAUACGCCAAGGACGCAAAGGCCGAGGCCCUGAAGAAGGUCGACGCCUUUGACAAGACCGUCGAGAAGGAAGCCGCGAAGGCUAAGAGCGGCAUCUCCAGCUGGUUUGGCGGCAAAUAAGUGCUACGAUUA